AGACGACUUACAUUUACUAAAAAUGAAUGUUUGUUAUGCUGCAAUGAUCUACCCAAUCAGAAGUAUAUGCAAUGUCAAACAUCGUGUGUGAAAAAGUUUACUAAAUCGACUCUCUACAAUUCUAAAGCUCAUUGUCUCGCAGGAUGUAACGAAUGUGGAUGUCCAGCAGUCUGGCAGCGGCAGCCGCGUCAACAGCAAUAUCAUGGUAUGACAACCGGGCGCAUCUUUAAUGGUAAGCCAAGUAGACGGGGCUCCUGGCCCUGGCAGGUUUCGCUUCAGCUGCUCCACCCGAAGCUCGGAUUUAUCGGCCAUUGGUGUGGAGGUGUGCUCAUUGAUGAGAGUUGGGUCCUGACUGCCGCACACUGCAUACACAAUGAUCUAUUUAACUUGCCAAUCGGAGCUUUGUGGACGGCUGUCGUAGGUGAAUGGGAGCUGGAUACAGGCGGUCGAGGCUCUGCCCGUCUGCCGGUUGAACGAGUUAUCCUUCACGAACGUUUUGAGAACUACGUGCACGAUAUUGCACUAAUGAAACUGGCAAGGCCAGCACCUCUUUCGAAGUUGGUACGUACGAUCUGUCUGCCUGGUGAAGAGGAGCAACCGCGUGCGGGCUUGCAGUGCGUGACAUCAGGAUGGGGCCGCUCGGGGCCUUCGCCUGCCCUUUCAACGGCAUUGCUCGAAGCCAACGUACCACUUCUAGAGCUUGCCCAGUGCCUCAAAGCUUACGGAAAGUCCGUGCCGAUACGCGAGGGUCACUUGUGUGCGGGCAACACGGACGGUUCUUCCGGCAGUUGCGUUGGUGAUUCAGGUGGACCACUUCAGUGCCGCAGAUCAGAUGGUGUUUGGCAACUAGUCGGAGUUACAUCUUUCGGUUCGGGUUGCGCUCGACCAGGAUAUCCCGAUGUCUAUACCAAGAUACAAUAUUAUGCAUCGUGGAUCAAAGAUACCAUAGCAAACGACAUACAUAGAUAA